UAUAAAUAACUUAACUAAGCAUACUAAGGACAAUCUGCUUAAAAAAAUAUUGACAAUUGUCCUUUGGAUAAUUAUAUUCCAAUAAAAACACAACAUAUAAGUUGGCUGAUAUUACAUUGUCUCAUUAUGUCUGAAUAAAAUGUUGUAGAGGAUGCCUGUAUGUCUGAGUGAAAACCGGAGGUUGAACCAGUACUUUUAAGUGUUCCAGGUUUCAAUAUCCAGCAUUUUGGGUAUCCUUUAAAAAUGUAUAUACAUACCUUUUCACUACUUGAAUGACAUUUGUCAGUUAAUAUAUGAAUAAUUACAUUCACUGUUCUAUAGUAUUGAUGGUGAAAUUGAUCAAAUAUAUCUGAAGUACUUUUUGUGUAAUUGUCACUUAAUCUGCUGAAAAAUGAAAUGUAUUUUUGACUGAGCUGACCUGACCUGGAUGUCUGGGUUGGUCUCCAUCAACUGUCUGUCUGUGAUUGGAUGAUGCAUGAGUAUGUCAAAGGGGCUUAAAGACAGUGGCCUGAUUAAAGUGGAUUACUAGGAAGAGAGGAGGGACAAAUAUUGUACCAGCAUCCCACUCUGGUCACCACAGCAAUGACUUUACCGUGGAAACACUGUUGCAUCUUUCUCCUCUCUCUCCUCCUACAUCAUGAGCCUUCUUCUACCUGCCUCGAUGGUCAACCUGCUGACAGUGUGCAGCUGUUCACGGUAUACAAGAAAGAAGCUGCAAAAUCUCCUCUUGGCCAAAAGCCGCCUCCUCUCCAGUCUCCAAGUGUUGCACAGAGGAGGUUACUUCAGCUGCCAGGAGCUGCAGUGCCCUUCCCUCCCCUCAAGGUAAUGUCCAAUGCAGAGCCAUGCAUUAUGUUCCAGGCCCGGAAACUGUCUCUGCGCUAUGAGAACCAGAAGCAGCUGGACCUGACAGAGCAGGCUUUUUCCCCUAAGAAGACUGUGGACACCAGCCAGUCUGUCUGCUACCACGACAAGGCUGUGCUGGUCAUGAGGUUUGGUGAUGUAGAAGAUUUAAGAAGCCUAUCUAUCAGACUGCAGCUGUCCAACACUUUCUACGAGUCUUCAGGUCAGUGGUGGUUCUCUGUGAACAGUGUCUCUCUGCUCUACAACAUGUCCGGAGAGGCAUCAUUCAAUGCGAGCGAGGUUUAUGCUCCCACCUCCUCUUCCUACCACUGUCUCCAUGUCAGCAACCUGCAGCACCACAGCGCCCUGCUGCUGCCCAGCAGCGACCAUGCCCACCGCUGGACUGUCACCUUCACCGACUUCCGGAUUCAGGCGUUCAACAUCUCCUCUGGCAGGUUUUCUGCUGCGAGCGACUGUGUCACCCUCCUGACACCAGCCAUCCUCAUGGGCCUCAUCUCUUCCCUCAUCCUGCUGCUGGUCCUGGUCUAUGCUCUACACAUGGUCAUCCACCUGAAUCACAUUGACAACGAACACAAAGCUGAAGUCUACUUCCCACAAAAUCCCGAACAACGAAAACCCUGUUAUGUGGAAAAUAAUGCAGAGGAACAUUAUCUUCAGUGUGAACAGAAUGACUGUUAAAACUCGCAAAUUAUUUUAAUUAAGUAUUUUUAAAGCCCUCUUCAUCAAGUCACUCGAUUCCAGUGCCAGUUUACUUUUAGUGUUCCUACAUAGUGCUGAUCCGCACUCCAGUCCAGUAGGGGUCGCUUUCAAAAACAAGGGGAAAUAACACACCAGAAGAAAAAGAAAGAAAACUCGCGCUGACACCGUGUGACAGUUAACAUACGAAUUAUUUAAAUAUUUAAGUACUACAUCUUGUUGAAAGAUGAGGUUCUAUCCCUGAAGUCUUUCUGUUGUUCAUAUUUUAAACCAGUCCGCUGCAGGUUGGCUCUUAA